GCUCUAAUUUAUCAAUUCGAAAUUUCCCCAUGAUUGCAUUGAUAUUAUGACGGUGUAUGCUACUUCUCUCUAAGUGCGAAGGCCUUACUAUUAUCGGCCUGACUGACAUAGUCUAAAAUAUUGACCUAAGCUUCUCUAUCUUGCAAUUACAGGUAGACUAAUGGAUAAUCUACAGGAUUUACAUGAAUUCAGAAGCAAUUUUGCUCCUGUAAUGAACGAAUUAGCCGAAUGGACAGAUUCUCGACGGUUGGUGGUGUCCGAUAAUCCCAGGAGAUUGAGGAAUCGUCUUGAUAAUGCAGAUCAACAGACGUCAUCCAUGUAUAAUGAAAACAUAUCCAGAAAAGAUUAUUAUUCCAUGGGCGAUUCUUAUAUCCACAACAGUUAUAGAACAGCGGUGGAAAACGAUGAAGUAAGAAAUCCCAACCAGUGUCCAAAGUUCCAGUCACAUCUUGUCCAGUCUCCUGGUUCACCUUUAAGUGUUAGACGCCAGAGAAGACCUCUUCCAAGAUCUCAAAAUUCACCACCAAAUUGUGAGUUUAUUAGUCUGGAAGAACUUCACCGGGUUAUUCGGGGAUUGAAACCAGUUAAUAUACCCAGAGAUACCAGUUCUAAUGUGGAAGACUGCCAACCAUGGAAGGCAGCCCCAGAACUCCUUAGUUCUAAUGUACAAGAAUAUCAGCCAUGGAAGGCAGCACCGGAACUCCUUAGUUCGCGAGAUUCAACAAGGAAUAUUGCAGCCAAUUAUCCCAGACGUUCCGAUGUUCCUGAUGGCGCCAUUGUUUCUCUAGCGGAACUUCAAACAGCAAUUCAGCUCUUGAAACCGGUUUCGAAAGUAAGCGAUUUAACCGAAAAUAAUUGGAAUCAAAGUUUACCUCAUAACAACAGGUCUUUACAUGAUAUCCGCUGUGAUUUAACGCCAAAAACUGCAUCAAUAAAGCAGGAAGAGCUAAAAGAUCAAAAAGAUUUCAAGACAAAUCCGAUAACAGUGGAAGAAUUAGAACUUCGUAUAAAGAGCCUGAAAAGGGUUGGAGGAGUUUACUACCCUCAACUGAAAACCACGUUUUACGAGGAUAUAAAACAAGAACACAAUGAAAAAUUCACCAAAGAAGGAGAACAGAUGAUGGAAAUCCAGACAGAGUCAUGUGAUCAUCAUGGUACUUGUGAUGAGAUCUGUAAAGUUGAUACAGAUGAAGUAGAUGUUGGUCAAGUUACCAGGAGGAAGAAACGAAGUUUUCUAUCAAGAUUAAAGUUCUGGAGAAAAGGAAGCAAAGAAACAAAACAAACCACGUGUGAAGUAAUGACGAGUGAAAAUUCUGAUAAAGGACAAGAAAAUGCAACAAAAGCGUCAAAAGAAAAGACUCCGUCAAUAUCUGCUAAAAGUUCCUCUUUGUUUUGUUGUUGUGUAAAAGGCGUGUCCACAGACGAUUCGAUCUAAAUAAAUUAUCUCUUCGUUAAUCAUGU